AUGACGAACCUGGACCCUGUCUCGGUGUUCAUCACCAUCACGGCGGUGGUGUGCCUCGGCCGCCAGUUGAAGCGGAUACACGACCUCAGCAACAUGGGCCGGGAUAUUCGCCUGGUUGGGAUAAUUCUACUGAUAUGUGUACCGGUGUUCACGGCGAUCCAGGUGCUACCGCUCUCUACCCUGGCGUUCAAGUACUUCAGCGUCGUUUCCAUGACCUUAUCGCACCCGGCCAUCGUCUGGAUUUUGAACAUCAGACCCAUCCAAGAGGUCCUGCAUCACGCCCCAAGAAAUAGCAUUCCCAAAGGUGUCCAGAUGCUGCUGGCGUUAUCGUCGAGGAGGAGGGGGGGGAGCAGUUCAGCUAUCGGCGGCGAGGCAGUUACCACGGAUGUUACACAGAACCCGAGCCAACACGGCCGUGAGUCUUACGUCGAUUCGAACCGGCUUGCCGGCAUCAUGAACUACCUCCCGCUCCGGGAGGCGUUCGGAGAGUUCUGCCAGAAAUCGUUCUGCAGCGAGUUUCUCCUGGAUGCUUCGGAGUUCAGAGGCGUGAUCGUCGAAGGCCCCGUCGAAGGCGAUGCCAACGGCAGCGCCGAAGAGGAGAACGAGGCACCAACACGCACGAGCGGGUUGGGGGACGUGGCCGCCAUGGUGAACGAGUACAUCAAGGACGGCGCUCCCUCGGAGAUCAACAUCGGCAGCGACACCAAGCACGACAUCAUGGAGCUGGCCAAGGUCGAAGCCUUCACCUCGCUUGACCAGGAUGCGCGAAGGCUGAUUUUCGGCAAGGCCGAGAGGGAAAUCAGGAGGAUCCUGGAAGACAAUCUCAUGGCCAGGUUCUUGGCGUCCGCACAGUACAAACGGGCUGUGGACGGUGACGGCCAUGGACGUGUGUAA